AUGCCCUCCUCCUCCCAUAACUUCGCCUACACCGCCCUCGUCAACCCCUCCGACAUAACCCUAGACUUGACUAACCCCCACAUCACCGCCUCCCAACUCUGGGACGGCCUCCUCGCCAAAGCCCGCGCCGCCGAGGGCUUCGUCGGCGGCGCCAUCCUCUCCACGACCGUACUCGACGAGUCCAUCAACGAAGACGGCAACCUGGUCAUCAACCGCGAAGUCGUCUUCAGCGCAAUGCCCGACGCCAAGCCCGUCCAUGAAAAAGUCACGGCCUACGAGCCCUCGCAGGUGGACUUUGAGCAGCCGAAUGGCAGCGUCAUCAGUAAUGUGAUCAGUGAGGGCUUGCACGGGGAGUUGUAUCUGACAUAUGUGUUUCGGUGGAUGCAUCCCGGUUUGAGUGCGGAGGAGGUGAAGCGGGUGAUGGAGAAGGAGAAGAUGGGGGCGAAGACGGCGGUGCAGGCUACAUUGGUUGCGGUGCGGAAGUUGGUGCAGGAGGAAAAUGCUGCGCGCAAAAGUGCAGUUUGA